AUGACCCUCCCCAUGCAGAAGGGCGUGCUGGAUGCGUUCAAAACCAACCACAGCAGGCUGCUAAUUGCUACAUCUGUCGCUGACGAAGGCAUUGACAUUUCUGAGUGCAACCUCGUUGUGCUCUAUGAAUACUUCGGCAACGUCACCAAAAUGAUCCAAGUCAGAGGUCGUGGAAGGGCGAGGGACAGCAAGUGCAUCCUUGUGACAAACAAAACAGAAGUGGUUGAGAAUGAGAAGCACAACCGCUACAAGGAAGAAAUGAUGAAUGAAGCUAUUGAAAAGUUACAGGACUGGGAUGAAACCACAUUUGCAAGAAAGGUUUGUACUUCUGAG